GCCGUAUCAAAAUAUUUACAAUCUCAGAAUCUGUUCUUCCUCAAAACACAAUUCUAGUAGACUAGAUCUAGAUCUAGUAAAUUCUAGUAGAGAGUAGUGUAGAGUCUAGAAUUAGAAUCUAGAAUCUACUACUAAUCUAGUCACAAGAUAAAACUGAAAGAAAAAAAAUGGAUGAUUAAGUAGUUAAACAACAUAUUAAGAGUAUGCAUAGCGAUGAUCUGUACUUUGCCGACACACCAAAACACAGGGGUCAUGAUUUGGCACUCUGGUUCUUGUCUCAUGCUUUCAAGCAAGAAGGUCAGGUGGAAACAUUUAGACAACUAGUGCGUGACACGGAAUAUGCCCACCCAGGGUUUAUGGAGUCGCCUGUCAUUGGGCUUACACUAUUUCGCUGCAUUCAUAUGAACCGUAAGGAUGUUAUACUAAGUCUCUUGGCAGAGGGAGCUGAUGUAAAUAUGAUGUUCCGGGGAAGGUGCAUGCUUCAUGAAACUGUCAAGGUGUCCAAUGAAAAGAUGCUUAGCUUUCUGCUAUCUUUGCCGCAAGUAGAUAAAGACAGAUACGAUGUGGACACUAAGACACCAUUAAUGGAAGCCUCCAGGGGGAGACCUAAAUGUCUUCGGAUUCUUCUAGAAGCCAACUGUGAUAAGCUAUUAACUGAUUCUGAGGGUGAUACAGCAUUACACCAGACAUUCCGAGAGCAGCGGGCGCAUAAAGAUGACAUUCUGGCAUGUAUGGACAUUCUCCUAGAAUUCGGCAUGGAUAUCAAUGCUCCAGGUUCUCAGGGGAAGACCUGCUUGCAGAAAGCUGUGGAGAUGGGUUACCACUGGCUGGUCAAAUGGCUUAUUCUUCACAACUGUAACCUCCACCCCACGGUGAGAAACUCACGUUACAUACAGGGUUCAUUCUGGUCUCCAAAGCUGACCAGUGAGAUUCCAAUCCUCAUCGCUUUCCGAAAGGCUGACCGUGUCCUAGUUGAGGUGCUGAUAGCCUGUGGGUGUAGCUUCCGGCGCUAUCACUGGAUACUGAGCUACUGCAAACCCUACAGGCUCCUACAUAAGCAUCUGUUGGAGGCAUUCAGAAGAGUGGAGUCCUUGCAGACCCUGUGCAGGAAGGUCAUCAGAAACUGUCUAACAACAAACAUUGUGGCGGAAAGCAAAAAACUAGGCCUCCCAGAAUCUCUUCAGAAAUUUGUCCUCUGUCAGGAAGAGCUGAAAGCAUUGGAUAGAGCUGAGGAGUAAAAACUUGAAUUUUGACACCUUCAAUAUUUAAAGAGAUCUGUUCCUUAGACAUAAAAGAGUCUUUUAGUUAAUUUGAAAGAAAGCGAAUUGUAAAAUAAUUAAAACUCAAAUUGAAAUCCUUUUUUUUUAUCUGAUCAGUCAUUAUUAUUAUUUAAUAUUAUUCACACCAGGGAAAUUCAAAUUUAUUGAACUCAUCCACCGUAAUCAUACUCAAUCUUGAUGUAAUGCUGGCACAACAUUUGACACUAUUAUAAAUUCAAAAAGAGUUUUCUUCAACUUCAAAAGAUUGUAGAAAUUUUUAUUUCAAUACUUAGACUCUACUUCUUUCACAGAUCUCCAUCGUAUUUUUUUUUUUUUAAAGCUGUUCCAUGAAUUAUAUUAUUGAAAGUUGAUGUGAAAAUGAGCUUUCUUCUAUUAGAGAGUUUUUUUAAUAAUUCUGUUAUACAUAUUAUGAAGUAGACAGACAGGCUAUAUGUUCAAACCAGUAAACUAAGUAUCUUAUCUGGGAUCACUGACGGUAAAGUUUUUACUGAACAUCAAUGCUGUAGCUGGCAUAAACAUUGUAAUAGAUUGUGUUUCAUUGCUGUGAUAUUUAUUUAGUUUAAUGGUCAUUGUUUUUUUCCUCCCUCUAAAUCAUAUUAAUAAUCAUAAUUCUAUCUACUAUUUGUAAGUAUAUUUUUGUUUAUAGAAGAUAAAAUAUGAACAUAUUUUUUUAUCAUUACAUAACUAGAGUUUCGUAAAAUAUUCCCUUUUUUUUUAUGUUAUUAGACCAUGUGCAAUUCAUUUAUUAUUGUAACCAAUAGUAUAAAGUAUACAAGAAUGUCAUGUGGCUA